AUUCCCUCACACGACUUUCAUCGAACACCUAUCCAUCUCUAGCAACGUGUCCACCGUCCAACAACCCACGCACACAGCCAAACCCAACCUCCUUUCUCUUGUGCCUGACCAUCACCUUCUUCUACUUUACCAUCUUCUCCUUCUUUCUCCAUAAUCACCAAUCUCCAUGAAUCGUGUAGCAUUGCCCAAAUCCCUUGCCCACCGUUGCAGAGGCAUUCACCUUACAACUUGGAAGAGCUUCGGUAAUCGUUGUGAAAGCCAGGUCCAAGGUGUCGGGCCCUUGGGCUCUCUUCUCAAGUCCCGUUCCGUUAUACGGUUCCGCGGGCCUGACACCCUCAAGUUCCUACAGGGCCUCCUUACCAACGAUGUACGGAGGUUGGGUGACCCCAUUGGUGACAAAACUGAAAACUUGCCCACGCCGAACGUGCCUGCUACGUCGGUUCCUCCUAUUUAUGCUGCCUUAUUGACCCCUCAAGGGAGAUUCCUCUACGACCUCUUUCUCUAUAAGCCUCCCAUGAGGGACACCAAGCUCGAUAACACCGGCACUGCUCCUGAGUCCAACUCCGAUAGACCCUUUCAUUUGUUUGCUGACGUGGAUGCUUCUGUGUUGGAUGAAUUGUUGCAAACCUUCAACAAAUACCGGUUGAGGUCAAAGGUUGACAUUGAUGAUGUUUCAAGUGAUUUCUCAUGCUGGCAGCGUUAUGGUGAUGGCCUUCCCCAGAAGUCUUCACAAGUAGAAGAACCAGAAGCAGCCUCUGUUGGCUGGGGUGCUGGUGUGGAUAGUACUGCAAUGUCAUCUUCGCAUGGGAGUGAUAGUGGGUGGCAAUGGUUCAAGGAUCCAAGAUUGACCUCUCUUGGUUUCAGAGGGAUCUUCCCAUCGAAUAUAACUCCCCCUCUCAUUGAGGUUGACAAAGAGACCGAUGAACAAAAUUUCCUUAUGUGGAGAAUAGAGAAGGGAGUGGCUGAAGGAUCAACCGAGAUUUCAAAAGGUGAGGCGGUACCGCUGGAGUAUAAUCUUGCAGGCCUUAAUGCAAUUAGCUUUGAUAAAGGUUGCUAUGUUGGCCAAGAACUCAUUGCUCGUACACAUCACAGGGGGGUGAUUCGGAAGCGGAUAGUUCCUCUAAGGUUUCUGGACAACGAUGGGAAAGAGUUAGUAAGCAAAGUCAUUCCAGGCUCAGAAGUAAUAAACACAACAUCCGGCAAAAAAGCUGGUACAGUGACUACUGUCCUAGGAUGUCGUGGUCUGGGGCUCUUGCGAUUAGAGGAAGCUUUAAAGGGGUCCAGUGCCUUGUCCAUUCAGGGACAAGAGGAUGUGAAGGUUGUAGCUAGUAGACCAGAUUCAUGGCCUUCUGAAUGGCUUCAAGAUCAUGGACAGCAUGCUGCUUUUGCCUAGGAUGCCCAACGUCGUUCAAAGAGCAAGUAUUUACGAAUAAUUUAUGAAUGGGGGCGUUCAUGUAACCCUAAUGCUUCUUGUGGGUUAGUAGUCAGUAAAAAAAGGGAACGGCAACGACGGAAGUUUUUGUGAAUGUUCCUGCGGAAUGAGUUUCAUCUUAGUAAUGUGAUUGCAUGUUACUU